UUCGUGGAACUGGAGUAAUUCUGAAGUCAGUUGUCGAGUUAAUUCAAUUCGACUAUUUUGAGAAAACCUUCAAUAAAGUAAUCCUCCUUCUUUAAAAUAGGCCUCGUGUGUUCCAUGAGUAAUAAAGUUGAUUCAAAUGGCUGGCCAAUGGUUGUAGAGGUGAAAGGUUAGGAAAAUGACGGCGCCCAUGAGCAGACGAGCGUGGAAUGUAUGGUUUUUCUAAGUCCGGGGCUUUUACAAGUUUGUCAACUCACAAUCUACCCAGAAUGUAUGUAGCUCGCUGUCUUGACCGCCUGAUAAGGCGACAUGGAGUCAUGUGCGCGAAUUUAGGGGAAGCCCGGUCAAUUUGUGUCCUAGCGGCUGUGGUCGCCCGGACUCUCCGGCCACACAGCGCUGCGACCGGGCAGAAAAGGGGACUGAAGACCGUCGUCGGGAGGGAAAACACGGAUUCCCCGAAGCUGAAAGCCAGCGACCUGGCCGAGAAAAUUCGCCAAGAAAAGAAACAGCCAAGGGAAACGAAAACCGAGGGACCCUCGUCUCCGGUUCUGCGGCGAGUCCGAGAGCUCCACCAGUUCAGCCAGCAGCUCCAGAGGGUCCAUCCCAACGUGCUGGCCAAGGAUCUGAAGAGGGGCAUGCUGUUGGCGAACGAGCAGCUGGUCGCCAUCAACAAGCCCUACGGGGUCCCAGUGCAUGGUGGACCAGGAGUGAAAAACAGCAUCGCAGACGUGCUGCCCGUCCUCGCCAAGAUGAUUGGUGGCAUGAAGGCAGGACCUCUGCAUCUGUGCCACCGUUUAGACAAGGACACAACCGGGGUGAUGCUGCUGGGCAAGAGCGAGGAGGCGGCCGACCAUAUUCACCAGCUCUUCAAAACCCACCAGGUGGAGAAGAAGUACUGGGUGCUGAGUGUUGGGGUUCCAGUACCCUCGGAGGGUGUGAUCGACAUCCCCAUCAUUGAGAAAGAAGUCGCUGGGCCUCAGCCACACUACAAGGUCAGUCAUGUCACCUCCAUGACAAAGCAUAACCCUAAGCUGCCGGAGAAGGUCCUGCAGCGGCUGGGCCUGGAGCAGAGCAAGGCCCGACACCUCCCAAUCCACCUGCACGCCCGCGGGCUCGUCCUGCCCGGCGCCCCGGGGGUCAGCCUCUCCUGCCCCCUGCCCCGGUUCUUCCUCGGCUCGCUGCGCAGGCUGGGAAUCCAGCUCCCGGAGCAGUGACGGAUCGGGAUGGCGCAGGACUGCGGAUUUGAGAAGAGCCUUUACCUCUGAGCAGAGGUCCUCCCACCUCCCUGAACUGGAAUGGGGCGACUCCGGAAGAAGAGGAGUGUGCAGACGGGGAGCUGUCUGCGCUGCUGCAUCGCAACCAGAACCCGACACUGUACAGUUGGACACGCCUGCGUUUUUCCCUGUGCCCUCCUGUUGGAUGUAGAUAAAGGAUUUUCCAUAUUGAGCUGUAAAAUGCAGAGCAAUGCAGCCUGUUCCUUUGCAGAUGUGAGCUUCUGUGUUUGAGCCAGGUUUGCCCAGAUCCAAGAGUGAGAACUGAGUCUUGGGCAGGGCAGACCUACACAGAGAGGAGUCACUUACCAUCAGACGUCAUAGCUGAUGUAUGGCCACAGGUCUCUGUCUUUUAAUGAUGGGCUGUUUGAGAACGCCCUGCGAUGUGCUACUGAUGUGAGUUGCUGGGCAAUGAGCGGUGCCAAUUUUCCGGAAGGAUUCGUAUUCGGAACAGGAGCUGGAUUAUGGCUUGUGCCGAAAUCGUCCGCAGUGUCUGGAGAAAGGUGACCAACUCUUUUCCCACAUAACACAUUCUGUGGCUUGAAAUCAAAAUGCUUUAAAUCAGAAUGUAUUUUAUCUUUAUUAAUACAUAAGCGUAUACUCCAGUCCAUCACAGGGCAGACACACACACUCCAGUUUUCCCUACCAGUUUGUCUCUGGCCUGUGGGAGAAAACUGGAGGCACCCAGAGGAAGCCCAUGUGAACACAGGGAGAACAUAUGAACUUCACACAGACAGCACCCCAGGAAUUGAACCCAGGGCCCGAGCGCUGCGAGGCAGCAAAGCUAAACACUGCCUCACCGUGCUGGCCUGUAAGCACCAGCUCCAAGUGAAAAAGAUACGUUCUAAAAUCAUUACAGCUGAAUACUUAAAAACAUGAGUUUCUGGAGAAAGGGUGUGUAGACCUUCUGUGGGCGCUGUGUAUGUCACAUCGUGGUUGGUACUUCUGACCCAGAUUGUUUCGAACGAUCCUUGACUCAAGGCUGCAUGCGUCUGCGCGAACCUGGGUGCUCUGGGGAUGAUAAUGGCAAUUGAAUCGGUCCAGAGUGGAAGUGUAGCUGGAGCCCCAUACGUGAAGGGCUAUAGUCCUGUCAGUUUGACAGGAUCAGUUAACCUGUCUAAACGCUCGAGGUCCUGUUGGCCUAAUUCAUCGGAGCGGAGUGUCCACUGUAGCAGCGUAGGUCCCGUCUCCAGUUCUGUUGGUGGUGCAGACACCAGGACCGGAGCGGCUCCCCUCUUGUCCAGAGUGAGCAGUCUGUCCCACUGACGGACUCCUUACACUCCUGUGCUGACCUGUCCCCACAAUGACAAUUCUUGUAGGCUUAGUUUCAGUAAAAGUAAAAGAGGCUGUGAGAAGAAGUGAAGGUAACCGUAGCCUUGUGUUGAGGUCUGAUACAUUCCAGGUUGUCAAGUCGGUCAGACUCCCAUUGCAGAGCGGACUGAUUCUCUUCACGCUUUACGAACUGCAAGCUUCCGUUGUCCUGAUGGGAAUAACAUUUGUGCCCCGUUUUGCAAGUACCUCAUAUUAAGAGAGACUGUACUUUAAAGCUCAGAAGAUCUCUUCAGAAUAAAUAUAGACACGCAGACCAGAGGUCAGAGGUGGAGACUACAGGGGUGGGCGUUUAAAACAGAGAACAGGAUGCCCUGGGACUCCUAGGAUGGGAGUGUGUAACGUGCUGCCAAGCUAUGUUGUUGAAGCAGAGACCCUGGUUGAAGAAAAUCCUCCAAUUAGGACACAAAGCACUACUUUACAUGAAGAGUGGGGUACACUCCAAACUGUCCACCCCUGUUGUUGAAGCCGAUACCCUGGCGUCUUUCAAGAAAUGGCUGGAUGAGAUCCCGGGAUCAAUUAACUACUUACUCCCAAGCAGGCUGGAAGGACAAAUGGCCCCCCAUCAUUUGUAACCUUUCAUCUGUUAUGAUGCAUUAUAAGGCUGGACAGAUUGACUAUUCCGCUUCCACCGCGCUGUGCCUGUAAGGGCCACUGUUUGUGGAAGUAAGCAGUGGUCUGAGGCUGGAGGGAUGCACAGGUGCAGGGCAGAAUGAGCAGCUGAGCCGGCAGUGGGAAACGGGCGAAACCCAUUUCAGAACUGUGGUCCGAGAACACGGCCAGGUAGCAGAAAGACUUCGCAAAAGCGCCGAUAUGCAGUCCUGUAAAAGAAUCCAAGAACACAGCAAGAUCCAAAGCCAGGGAACUGCAGUGUAAACCACCAAGGGGAUCAUCCAGAAAGUAAGGAUCCAAAGCAAAAGGCAGGGAACCCAUAGAAAGAGGUAGAGGGAACCCGGGUACCUCUUUCCACAACCCAACCCAGAGCAGUCCCACGGCAGACAUGAAGCAGCCUGGUGCUCCUGUGAAUUGGAGUGUACCAAUUUACAAUGGUAGUAAAUUGUGAAGAGAUGGAGCAGACUUCUGUCCUGGUUAUGUACCCAUGGCAGCCGAGGCUGACUGACGGGUGGGAAGGGGUGUGGCCGGCCGCCACGGUCCUGCUAGCCUGCUCCUCGGCGCUCCAGUGCCCGUGAGCAGGACAACAGUGGCUUCGCUGCUUUGCGGAACCUCCUGCUUCAGAGGCGAGUAGGAAUCUCCCCGAGUGAGGCCUGGGGGAGGAAAGCCAGUUCGGAUGCCAGUACGACUGGAAAGGAAAUGAGAGCCGCCAGAUCUGCAGGUCUGUGACCAAGCCGAGAGUGAGGAAAUCGGAAAGAGCACUUGCCUCCGAGCCAAUGGAGCAAUCUCACAUUCGAUAAACUCCGAGCUAGCACGUACAGGAAAUCAUGAAAUGAUCGGAUUGGAGUGAAUUCUUCAUUCACAUCAUUUGUAGCGUUUCUGAGGAGCGUGUAAUGCAACCAGGUAACACUGGUUUUGAGACCGAGUUCAACGUAUUCACUCCUUAUAACAUUCAGAAGAUCAAUACAGCAUAUGAAAUGAGCUGUUAAAACUCAUGGUUACUCAGAUUGUUCUGGUAUAUAAAAGUGUUAUUAAAAAUGUUCUUGCCGUUAAUA